CGGAGAAGAGAAAGGACUAUAAGAGCAAAGGAAAUCGGAGAGGGAGGGAUAUAGAGGAGGAGGUGGGAGCGCAUGACUGGAGCGUACGUAGUCUUCGCGCACAGUGCCGCUCGAGUGGCAAGGCGACCUCGACUCUGGACAACGGCCAGCCCGGCGGUGGUGACAGGACGGAAGAAGACAGAGCGGCCGUUGGUCUCGCACACGCCUACUAAGCGCACGAUGCCGGGCUUGAGGGUCGGAGGUCCCUAUUUUCGCCGAUACUACGACCGACGGGUGUCGUAUUACAACGUCAACCUGGGUCUGGAGGCGCUUUUCUUCGAUGGACGAGAUGUAACAGGGUUCGUGGAGAAGUGGGAGAGUUAUGCUUACCGUAAAAGAUUCUCCGAAAGAGAAUGGAUCGACUAUUUUAUCCGGCACUCGGACCCCGAGUUAGACACUGCGAUCCGGGCUAUCUACCCCUCAGACGGCAGGUGGAGCAUCUUCAGGGCGAACCUAUUGCAGACUUUCGCCUGUGACGACCUGAUCCCAACCGUGGAAGGCUUGAGACGAAUUAUGAGGGGGGAUCGAGAGAGCUUGGUAGCCUUCACUCGAAGAUUCAAACGCCUGUCCCAGACCCUAGUGGACAGGGGAAUGCUGUGUGAAGUAGAUAGGUGCGUGAUGUUCAUGCUGCACCUACCAGAGGAGAAGAGGAAAGAGGUCCUUGAAAAGGCCCCAAGGGAUUCCGCAAAUUUCGAGAAAGUCGUGGAGGUGGUUUUCACAGGGGAAGGAGUAGAUGUGAGGGAGUAUAUGAAAGAGCCCUUGGACAUGGCACUCGGCAACAUGCGAGGCACGCGAAACGAUGGUCCAAGGGGGAGCGAUAGACCGCCCCCGGGUCCACCUGUUCCUCGGUGGGGAGAACGACCGACCGGAUGGAGGAUCAAAUCUAAUAGCCAAGCAGGUUGGAGGAACGACCGGGAGAUAUGGGGAAAUCGUAGUUCCGAUUGGGGGAGUUCCCAUUGGAAGGAUGCUAAGGAUGGAAGGUGGGGAGAUGCCCCUCAAGCAAGGGCCCUUGGGCCGCGACUGGAGGUUAGGGCGCCACCACCACCGGCACCACCACCAUCGGCUCCGCCGACGCCUAUAGCGGCGGCCGCGCAAGGGGGACCACGCCCCAGCAAUCCCCAAGCUCGAAGUGGGUGUGUAUACUGCAAUGAAGAACGUCACGUCAAGACGGACUGCCCUUAUCUCACAGAGGCUUUAAGAUUGGGAGUGGUCAAGCUGAAUGAGAACAAGUGGGUUGUGUGGGGAGAUAGCGGAGAGGCGGUCUCCUUUUACCCAUCGAUGAAGGUGAACGUGGACAAAAGGGUGACCCUCCAGGAGGCUAGGCUGGGGAAGAAACCGGAGAUCGGAAGCUCCUCCAACACAGCUCAUAUCCAGAUGAUGGAGUCACCAGGAGGGGUGUCCAUUAGGGAACCCCAGGUGUCAAGCAUUAAGUUCAUAGAAACCCAGCCCGAGGAAGAGAGGCCCUGUCUAAGGGUGAGGAUGCAGGUCGGGACCGAGACAUCCGAGAACCAAGCAACCGUGACGGAAAGAACGGAAGUGAAAAGCGGCGACAACGACCAGCCAAUGACCGAUGCGAAAACGGUGGAGGAAAAGGAGGAGCCCACGUCGCCAAAAUCGCCUAAGAAAAGGGGGCCCAAAAAGUUCGAAAUGAAGUGCACUCUGGAUGAGAUAGACACGGUAGCACCUCUUAGGAGGACUCUGAUGCAACCCAUGCAUUGCACUCUUUUAGAAUAUCUAGCCGCGAGCAAAAGUGCCAGGGAGGAACUCCUAAGCAUCACUAGGAUGGUUAGAGUCCCGAUCGUUGGGGGACCCACGGUACCGGUGGAAGGGCCUCCCGCAUUACUCUGGAGGAACUACCUGCCAACUUCUUCUUGGGAGAAGAGGCCAAGAAAUUCUAUGUCUUAGGUAGCGGCCAGCUCCAGGCAGUGGUAAGCGGGAAAAAGAUGAGGGCUCUAGUAGACAACGGGUCCGAGUCUACGGUUUG